UGGUAGGUGAGAGAAACUUCAAAACACUGCAAUACCUCUAGCUUUGCUGUACAUAAUACGCAUAUAUAUACAUAUAGAUAGGUUGUGUGUAUGGUAUACUUGGUCCUCAUACUUGUUCUCUGAUCUUUCUCAGGAAUAUGAAAGGCUUUUUUGAUUACUUUUUUGUUUGUGUGGUUUUGUGUUUAUUGGUAUAUCGAAAUCCCGUCGAAGGAGGACGCCUUCUCUCUCUAUCCAAACCCCAACCAGACAAUGUUGCUGCCUUCGCUCGGUGGUUGGUCUCUCAGAGUUCUUGGGGGGUUCUAAAUACCAUUUCAAGUGAUUUGGGAGGAGCACCUUUUGGGAAUGUGGUUUCAUUUAGUGAUGGGCUACCUGACCAUGGCCAUGGAAUCCCAUACUUCUAUUUGACAACUCUUGAUCCAACAGCAAGUAAUGCAUUGAAAGACGAGAGGUCUUCUUUUGCAAUCAGUGAAUACCCAGUUGGAACUUGUGGCAAGAUAGACCCUGAGAACCCCACUUGUUCAAAAAUUACACUCACGGGAAAGUUGAAGGUAGUUGAUGGGAACUCCAGUGAAGCUAAAUUUGCUCGAAUUUCCUUGUUCACAAAGCAUCCCGAGAUGAAGGAUUGGCCCAAGGAUCACAAUUUUCAGUUGUUCAAGUUAGAAAUUGAAGAUAUAUUUUUGAUUAACUGGUUUGGUGGCCCUAAACCUCUAACAGUGGAUCAGUACCUGCAUGCUAAAUUGAACAGGUUCUCCUUCGCUGCAUGAAUACCUUUCUGAACUCCAUCUCCCUCUGAUGUACUUGUGUUGAACUUGAAGGUGUCCUGUGUUUUUCCUUUGUUAAUAAACACAUGAUAUACCUCUGUUAAUACAGGCCUACAUCGGAUUAUGCUGAUUCUGGUCCACUUACAGGGCUACUCUGUAUGUUUAUAAUUGUAUCAUGCAACUCUCCAGCCCUAUUGUUUGGGAAAAUAGAAAAUCAUAAACGACACAUGCAAAUAAGAGGCCGAGGAAGGGCUCAGUAUUGUUUAUUUAUGUGUAUUUUAAGGGAUUUGUGUUUGCGCUCUUUAACAAUAACAAAGAAUGGUGUAGAGAACUAUUGAUCAUACAGCAACAGGAUGUCUCAAAUGUCCUUUAAAUU